AUGGAGGUUGAUUCAAAUGUUGGUGAGAAUCCUUUAAUAAAUGAGGGCGAACACGUUGAAGAACCUAAAAAGGGUAUGUGUUUUAGCUCAAGGGAAGAGGUGUACACAUUUUAUGGCAAAUAUGCUAAGCAUAUUGGAUUUUCUAUAGCUCAUAGAGCACAACAUUUUGGAGAUAAUGGGAAAUUGCUAAACUUUGCAAUUGAAUGUUCUCGAGCGGGGCAGAGAAAAAAGACAUCAGAAGUCAACCCAUCUGAAGCCAUGUUUGUCCACAAAAAUUGGUUGCACAACAAGGGGGGAUACGAGUCAUUGACAUUUGACGAGCGAGAUGCAAGAAAUUACAUUGAGAGAGCUAGAAGAAACUUGUUUUGGGCUGAUGCAAGGAGUCGGGCAACUUAUGAAGCAUUUGGAGAUGUCGUUUCAUUUGACACAACUUAUUUGACGAACAAAUAUGACAUGCCAUUUGCUCUAUUUGUUGGAGUUAAUCACCAUGGACAGUCCAUUUUGCUUGGUUGUGGAUUGUUGUCUAGUGAAGACACUAACACAUUUGUUUGGCUAUUCAAGUCAUGGUUAAGUUGCAUGUCAAAUCAUCCACCAAAAGCUAUCAUAACUGAUCAGUGUAUAGCUAUGCAAAAUGCUAUAGAAAUUGUGUUUCCACAAGAUCGACAUCGGUGGUUCUUAUGGCAUAUCAUGAAGAAAAUUCCAGAGAAGUUGAAAGGUUAUGCUCGGUAUGAAGCCAUAAAGUUGGCUAUGCAAAAUGCAGUUUAUGACUGUCUGACAAGAGCUGAAUUUGAGAGUAAAUGGGAAGAGAUGCUUGCAACAUUCAAUCUUUAUGAUAAUGAGUGGUUGGGGGUACUAUAUAAUGAGCGAAAUCGAUGGGUACCUGUCUAUGUUAAAGACAUUUUUUGGGCUGGCAUAUCAACUACACAACGAAGUGAAAGUAUGAAUGCGUUGUUUGAUGGAUAUGUAAGUCCAAAAACUACAUUGAAGCAAUUCGUUGAACAAUAUGACAAUGCCUUGAGAAAUAAGGUAGAGAAAGAGAAAAAAGCAGACUUUAAGUCUCGACACAAAUUGUUUGAUUGCCUAACUAUAUACGAGUUUGAGAAGCAAUUUCAGCAAGCCUACACCAAUGCGAAAUUCAAAGAAGUUCAAGGAGAGUUGAAGAGAUUAGUUUACUGUCAGGCGGUGAUUGUAAAAGAGGAGGGAUCAAUUUCUACAUAUAGAUGGUAG